UACAAGCAACAAACAACCUCCCAUAAAAAAUAAAAAUACAAACAUACGACAAAAAUAAUGAAUACGAAUAUCCUUAGUUCCACUGGAAGAGGGUUGGGUCUCCCGACCAGAAAUGUCAGUGCAGAAGAUGGAAAGUCCAACAAACUCGGAAUUCUGAGCAACAAGAAGAAGGUUAGGCCCAUCAAUCGGUUUCGAUAUCACAUCGGCUUUCACAGGAACCGGGCCGAUGACAAUGAGCGGACAUCAUGUAAUCGCGAUUAUGGCUUACUAAGGGCCAACACCGCGAGUACACCGUUCCCGCGAAAGUUAAAGGCCAUAGAUGAGGUGGCCUUGUCGGCCAAGUUGGAGGCGACUAAAGUUGAAUUAUCGGGGAGCAGCAGCACAUCCUUGAAGCCCUCCAUCAAAGAGCACUUCGCAGAGCCUGCGAAAGCCCCGCAUCCGCCUUAUCUUACCUUCGAGAUGCGACGAAAGAUGUUCGACGAGGCGGAGUUCACCAUCUGUAAGGGGCGCAAGAUGAGCGAUGUCUUCCAUCCAACACAAGUCACAGAUCGAAACGAUAUUUCUCAACCGAAGGAAGAUGGCAUGAAAACCCCCUAUACCUACUUCACAGAACUGAAGGCCUUCUGCCGGGACAACAACAUUAAACUUUCUGAGGGAUUCGAUCGUUAGCAACUGCGUGGUUGCGGGUUCUCCAUUGUUGUCACCGAAUUUAGAGCGGGAAUAAAAUGCAGGAAUCGGGAUUCCCAGCUCCUCCGCUCCACAA